AUGACUUCACUGCGUAAUAUACGAGUUAUUUUCCUGUUUCUUCUUUUAUUUAUAAGUAAAAAUGUAAUCGGCUAUGUGAGCGUAAGGGAGAAUCAGGUGGAAUUAAAAUAUGUUGUUGAGAAUAACGAAAUGUUCUACAAUUUAACAGCAUUAGAAAGGUUAAUAAUACAGGCAUUAAAAUAUGAUAAAGUGCUAUUACCCGUGUUAAAUCCAAGUCUUGAGGAAUACCUGAAUAUGUCUAAUUUUACGGUAGUUUCACAUAAUAUUAAUGGUGAAAACCAAAUUAACCUGGUUAUACCUACAACAAAUGCUGAUAUCCACGACAUAGUAAAAUAUGAACACGUUACAAAGCAGCAAGUAAUACAAAGUUAUGAUUCAGAAAACUCGGAUACGAUUAAGAAGAAGUUUUUGCUUUUGAAGGCCUUAAAAAUAACGAAACUUAUGUUAAUACCUAUUCAUGCCUAUGAGAAAACAAAAGACAUGAAAAAAGCACUAGAAGAAUUGAAUGCUGUAUUUUUUCCGAAAGAUGAUGAGGCGUGCAAGGAAAAUUCUUAUCAAUAUUCCAAAUCGUAUUUUGAAAAAAUUAUAAAUUACAUUAAUGGUGUAAAAAGCAAGGAACCCCAAGACAAUGUGCAUUCAUCUAUAAUAAUUGGAGAAGACUUAUCCAAAAUACAGGAAUCUAGUAAUUUAUUUUUUACGACAAAUGAUAAUAUUGAAUUUAUGAGCAAGUUAGAUAAGAUAGCUAGUCAUUUUGGAAUAGCUAUGUACAAUUUAGUUGGUUCUAAUCUUAUAGCAUUGGGACAUUUUGUUGUUCUACAAUUAGCCCUUAGGAGAUAUGAUGAAUUUUUUAAAUAUGGAAAAGUGAAAUUUUUUAGCUGGCAAAAAAUUUUAAGUUUUAGCGCGGCGGAUAGGUUUAAAGUACUCGAUACAAUGUGUAAUGUGCAAGGUUUUCAUGAUGUCCUAACAAAACGAAGAAUAAAUUAUUUGAAGGAUGACAGAACAACAACGUUUGAUGAGUGUAAUAUAUUAGAAUUUCUAGUUCAUUAUUUUAAUAAAUACCAGAGCUCAUUAGUUUCUGGUUUAUACCAAGAGGACUUUAAAGUUCAUUAUUUGCAAGAACACAGUGAUAUAAAGAACGAAUUUUUCAAAUUUAUGUGUGAUGAUACAAGUAACUGUAAUGUAUAUAACAGCAAACUAUUUUUUGGUGUAAAUGAUUCUACUACAGAGGUGAACCAUGACACUCCUUACUAUAAGUCGAUAAGUCCUUACAACUUAUAUACAAAUUUUUUCUAUUUCACAAGACGUUACCAUAAAUUUACCGUCAACCAUAUUUUGUACGUGCAUUUUCUAAACUUAACUGGAAUUUUAAACAACGAGAACAAGGCCUUUGUAUCUGCGCUCUAUUUGCCUGGAUAUUACAACGCCAUUGAGUUAUCGUUUGAUCAAGAAUCUCGGCUUACAGAUCUGAUAGAAAACUUACUGCAAUGUGUUGAAAAAUGUAAUGCAACAGAAGAUGUCACAAAAGAAUCAGUAAAUUAUGAUAGUUCAAUCCAAGAUUAUGGUCAAAGCAAAUCAACGAAAUGUAAUCUUUGCAAGGGAGUAUUCACAUAUAUAAACUCUAAGCACGAAGAAGCACCGUCUAUGCUGCAAAAAUUUUUCACUUUUGUUACAAAAAUUAUUAAGACAAAUAGCGUAAGCACAUUAGUAAGAAAUUUGGGUGUUUAUGAAGAAUAUGACAAUUUUUUAACAAGCGAUAUCGACUGGUACAAAUUUUUACUGUUACUUAGGCUUACGUCCUAUAAAAAAAUUGCCGAAAAGGAUAUCGGAGAUGCUAUGUAUUUAGAUUUGAAGAAAGAAGAUACGUUUAAUAAAACUGCUACAACGAAUUAUUGGUAUCCAUCGUAUUUAAAAAAGGCUUAUACAUUGUAUGUGCGGCAUAAAUUGGCUAUCAAUCUAGUAGAAAAGUUAGAGAAUUUACUUAGUAAAGGAGCAAUAGAGAAAAUGAAAAAAAGUAUAAGAUUUUUGCUUCACGUAAAUUCCUUUUUACAAUUGGAUUUUUUUCACAACCUAAAUGAACCAGGACCUGGAAAAAAUCGCAUGCAUCCGCUGUCUCUUAUGCUUGAGAGUAAAUUUGCACAAUGGAGUUCAAACUCUAAUUUAGGUUACUUCUUUUUAAAUUAUGAUAAUCCUCUUACAAGAAAAGAAAUGCAUGAAAAACUCAGAUCAGAUAAAAUGGUAAUACCUAAAUUUGAUAAAGUGUCUGUUAUGAUGAAAAAGUACAUUUCGAAAGCUUAUACAUCUUAUUUUAAUCAGAGGCACGUAAAGAAUUUAUACGAAAAUUUUGAUUCUUUUAAUAUAAGUAAUAAAAUUAUGCUAAUGAAAGAUUCAUACGAUUCGUAUUUAGAGAAUUACAAGGAUAUAAUUUUUUUAGCAGAUAUAUUUAAUAUGCGGAAAUACUUGACUGCCACUCCCACAGCAAGAAAAGUUUCAGAUAGGAUAUACUAUUUUAUUCAUAACAUUUUGGGUAACUCUGUAAACUUCUAUAAAUAUGGUAUGAUAUAUGGGUUCUUGAUUAAUAAAGAAUAUUUUAAAGAAGUUACAGAUGAACUGGUUUCAAUUUUUAAAUUGAACCAGCAUAUCUUUACGGAUAUUUCUUUUUUGCAAACGGUUUAUUUACUUAGUAGAAAAAUUGAAAACAGCUUUAACGUGCAGAGGAGAAAUGAUAAAAUAAGUAUUAACAAUUUGUUCUUUUUAAAUGUCUCAAGUAAUUACUCAAGAAUGAGCAAAGAAGAAAGGUUAGAAGAAUUAAAUAAUUCCAUGGCAUCCAGAUUUUUUUCAAAAACAUUUUUUUCCACAUUUCAAACAAUGUUUGUUACAUUAAUAAGUAAUAACGUAGAUAAGCUUGAUAAACAAUACGCAAGUGCUAGUAUGCUAGGGUUAACGCUGAGUGAAAAGGCAUUUAUGAAGUAUGCGCUUAUAUAUUAUGGUAGCAUAAUGGAUAAUAUAACAAAUAGUCUUGUUCCUACGUAUGCCAAAAAACCGAUAGAACAAUUAAAAUAUGGAAAAACAUUUAUUUUAUCGAAUUAUUUUAUGUUGUCUUCACAAAUAUAUUCAUUGUUAAAUUUAAAUAAUUUAAGCCAAUUGUGUGAAUAUCAAGCUAUAAGUAGUUCUAUUUAUUAUUCUCAGAAGAAACUUGGUCGCUUUAUUGAUAAAAAAAUGUUACCUAUUGUUGUAUAUUAUUUAAUUUAUAGAGUUCAGGGAGUUUCACAAGUUCCGAAUGAAUUUAUAUUAUGGUGGGAUAUCAUUAAAACUUUUAAUAAGUUUCACCCCUCCAUUUGUGUUACUGUGCAUAUGAUGACUAAUUUAUAUUUCGAUACUCCAAUUGCUUUCCCCUUUUCAUUGGGUGCCAAAUUAGGUGAACAAACGGAACAUAUGGCAGCUCUAAAACCAAGUUCGAAACCAUUUGCUUUUGGAUUCACAAAAAUGCUUUGGUUGGAAUUACUUAAUAGCAUGUCCUGCAUUUUUGCUCUGUACCCUUUUGUGCGUUGGUAUGCUUUUCAGCAGAAUUUUGUUUAUUUUUUCGUAAACCCAUUCCGUUUUAUGGAUAGGUUUAAUACUCCAGUUGAUAGUUAUGUUAAAAGUAUUGUUCGAAAAUAUUUUAGAAAAUAUACAACAGAUGAAGUAAUCAAGUUUGCAGAAAAAACCAUAUUAAAUAUUAAAAGACAAGGUAAGAUAGAAGAAGCAAUAGAGGCUAGAUUGGAGGCUAAAAAGAUUAAUGAACAUCCAAUUAUACAAGGUUUAAGGGAUGAAUUUCCUAUGAUAGCACCACAAGAAUAUGAAAGAUGGCAAAAAAUGAAUUCUGCAUUAUAUGGAGACGAUAAUUUAUUUUUUGAUUCGCUGGAUGAAAAUGAAAAAUUCUUAAAUGACAAGUAUAGAAUUUCAGAAGUUGUGGAAGAAGGGGAAACGGAAUUCUUACCAGAGUCCAAUCAAAGUUCUCAAACUCAAAAUGAAAGUGAAACUAAUAAUGAAGAAAAUAAGAAUGAAGAAAAUAAGAAUGAAGAAAAUAUGAAUGAAGAAAAUAUGAAUGAAGAAAAUAUGAAUGAAGAAAAUAUGAAUGAAGAAAAUAUGAAUGAAGAAAAUAUGAAUGAAGUAGAGAAGAAUGAUACAACGAAUUCUCCAGAAGCAACAUUUGUUGAAAAUAAUAAAAAAGAAAUGUUUGUAAGCGGUCACGAAAAUGAACAGAAUGAAUUAAAUGUAGCAGUUGGUGAAGAAGAACUAAAUGAAGAUGAAGAUAUGCUCGAUGAAAAACUAAUGAUUAAGAGAAAACUAACCGGGGAAGAAUAA